AUGGAGUUCAGGGGCGACUGGAAAUGGAUCAAAGAUCUAUUCCAGUUAAAAGCUUACUGGCAUUGGAAGCUGCACGAAAUGUGCCACGUCUGUUUCGCUACAAACUCCGGCCCUAUGGCGUGGGCAUCAGAUCUGACCAGAAGGUUUCCCCGAAGGUCGUCGGCUAACAUUGUGGCAGCAGUUAUGCCCGACACGGACAUCAAUCCACUCUGCUGUGUGCAGGGCUUCAACCCUGCCCUUCAGUUCAAAUGGUGUACAAUGCAUGUGCUGAAUCUCGGCGCACUACAAGUGGCCAACGGCAGUGCUCUCAUGUUGCUGUUGUCGCACAGCUACUGGGGACCGGCGAUGGAUCAGGCAAGUGGUCUCCUGGCUGCGUCUGGCGGCUUCCGAGCUUGGGCAACGGCCCAGCAUGUCGAGCACUCUGUGCCUUUUCUGACAAGUGGCAUGCUCUUUGGCGAUGGCGGCCCGUUUCCUUGCUUAACUCUGAAGGCACAUGCUGGCAAGAUCUUCCUUCUUUACAUCGGCGGCUGUAUGCGAGACCUCAUGAGGCGAGUGGCGGAUCCGGAGGUGAAGCUGGCUAGCAUGAUGCUGGACUCGCUGUUGCGCUGGUUUCAUCUGGUGGAGACAGCGCCGAGAAGGCUACAGCUUCCUGCGUUUCUAUGCUGCUCUGGCGAAGCAGGGGCGGCGAGCCUGUCCAUCCUGCGCUGGAAGCUGCUGCCGAAGCACCAUGCUUUCGCCCAUGUCCUGGAGGAUUCUCUGCUGCGCAGAGAGAAUCCGAGAGCCUUUCAUUGCUUUCAGGAUGAGGACAUGAUUGGCCAGUGGAAGAAGCUGUGCUCCGGGACGCAAGGCGCCCUCAUGGAGUACCGGCUCAUGGCGCGGUGGCUGGUGCGACUGGGAGCCAGCGCCAAGUGA